UCACACAGAGCAUCGCCCCAGCCGCCCUCUUCCUCGCUGCUAAGGUGGAGGAACAACCUCGGAAGCUGGAACACGUCAUCAAAGUGGCCCAUGCUUGCCUUAACCCCCAGGAUCCACCACCAGACACCAAGAGUGACACAUACCUGCAGCAGGCCCAGGACCUGGUCAUUCUCGAGAGUGUCAUCCUGCAGACCCUGGGGUUUGACAUCACCAUAGAUCAUCCACACACACACGUGGUGAAAUGUACCCAGUUAGUGAGAGGUAAGGACGACAAAGCGAGCAAGGAUUUGGCACAGACGUCAUAUUUCAUGGCCACCAACAGUCUGCACCUCACCACCUUCUGCCUGCAGUACCCACCGCCUGUGGUCGCCUGCGUCUGCAUUCACCUGGCCUGCAAAUGGUCAAACUGGGAGAUCCCAGUGUCCACAGACGGCAAGAAUUGGUGGGAGUACGUGGACCCGACUGUCACACUGGAGUUGCUGGACGGUCUGACCCAUGAGUUCCUGCAGAUUCUUGAGAAGACUCCCAACAGGCUGAAGCGGAUCAAAAACUGGCGGGCCUGCCAGGCGGCCAAGAAGCCGAGGGUGGAGGGUCAGGGCCCGGAGGAGGGACACCCAGCGCCCGGCUUGGCGACACCCUCAUCGUCAGCGUCGGCGGCUGACAGCGCCUUCUCCGAGCUGAUGAGCAUCGUGGCCUCGAGCGUGAGCGGAGGAGGGGUCGGCCCACCGCAGCCCGGCACCUCCCGGCCCUGGCCGCAGCUGGGCGGCGGCGGGGGGGAGGAGGAGGAGGAGGAGGAGCAGCAGCAGAGCGGGGAGGCGGGGCACGGCGCGGCCCAGCGGAACGGCAGCAAGUGUCCAGCGGCGGCGGCGCCAGCGGGCCCCAUGCGGGUGAGCCUGAGCGAGUACCGAGCCAAGCACGCCGAGGAGCUGGCCUCUCAGAAGCGUAAGCUGGAGAGCCUGGAGGCCAGCGUCAGGGAGGACUACGCUUCGGCCGCCCAGGCCCUGCUGGAGCAGCAGAAGGUGAGGGACAGGAAGCCCCGGGACGCUCACCACCCCCUCCCCAUCCGCAUCCGCCUCCCGGUGACGGACGCCGGCGAGGAGCAGCUCCGGGUGAGGAUCAAGGUGCCGGCGGAGGGGGAGGGGGGCGAGGAGGGCCGGAGCCGGCACGCGGGGCCCCGGGACAAGAGGAAGGACCAGGCCUCCAACCACCACCACCACCACCACCACAGGCACCGGCACCACCACCACCACCACCACCACCAGCAGCACCAGCAGCAGCAUCACCACGGCCGGCACGCCCCCUCUGGUAGGAGGGAGGAGGCGCGCCGGCGGCUGCCGAGGGAGGAGGAGACGGCUGCCUCGGCGCUCGGCCAUCACCGGCAGCAGCAGCAGCAGAGGCCUGGCAAGCCGGCAAAGGCCAGCGCCGCCGCCGCCGCCGCCCCCCCCUCCUCCUCCUCCUCCUCCUCCUCCACCUCCACCUCCUCCUCCUCCUCCGCCCGCUUCAACACCAGCGUCCUGGACCUUCCGUUCCCCCCGCCGGGGCUGCCGGACAAGGAGGCCAACGGCCACGGGGGGCCCCCCAAGCCGGGCAAGGGGCCCUUCACCGAGCACAGCCACUACCAGGACACCUUCGACAUGCUGGAGUCGCUGCUCAGCGCCCAGGGGAUGCCUCCCGCCCCCCAGCCCCGCUUCAGCUUCCUGCCGGCUGCCCCCCUGGCUUCCCGGGUCCCCCCUCCCCUGCCCGCCGAGUCUCUCUGCGCAGUCAUCAUCCAACUGAAUGGUGGGAACAGGCUCGAGAGGGGCUGA